CUUCAUGAGCUUUUAGCCCUCCUUGCUUCUUAUCUCUCUCUCUCUCUCUCUCUGUGUACGUUCAUUGCUUAGUUAUGGGGAUUCUAAGCUUCUGUUUCUUGGUUUUCUCCAUACAUAAACUUGUUGACGCUCAAAUAACCACCGAACCGAGUGAAGUGGCUGCUAUCAACAAGCUGAUAGAUUACUGGGGUUUGAGUUCAAAGCUGAACUUGACUACUGACCCCUGCACUCAAGGUGCAUCUUGGGCUGCAGAGACUGCAAACCCGCGAAUUGCUUGUGAUUGUCCUGCCAACAUCUGUCGCAUAACUCACUUGAAGAUAUAUGCUUUGGACAUUUCUGGUGAACUCCCACCAGAACUUUUUCAACUCACUGAGCUCAUGGACCUGAACCUCGGACAGAACAUACUAAGUGGCUCUAUCCCUCCAGGAAUCGCAAAGUUGUUCAAAAUGCAAUAUUUGAGUCUUGGCAUUAACAAUUUUAGCGGACUCGUGCCUAUGGAGCUUGGCAAUCUUACCAAGAUGAAAUCCUUAAGCUUCAGUUCAAACAAUUUCAAUGGACCCUUACCUGUUGAUUUAGGAAACUUGACUUCCUUAGAGCAACUGUAUAUAGACAGCAGUGGAGUGAGCGGGCCAUUUCCUCAAGAACUAUCAAGCUUGAAAUCUCUUCAAACUGUAUGGGCAUCAGACAAUGGUUUCACUGGAAAGCUUCCCGAGUUUUUUGGAACUUUUACGAAUCUAACAACACUGAGACUUGAAGGAACAGCUCUUGAAGGCCCAAUUCCCAGCAGUUAUGCUGCUUUGACGAAACUAGAAGACCUGAGAAUUGGUGAUCUGGGUGGUGAAGACUCGACACUUGAUUUCUUGGUUAACUUGACAAGCCUUUCGAUUCUUUCCUUGAGAAGCUCCCGAGUGGCUGGAGAAAUUCCCUCACAAAUUGGCUCCUUCCCUGACUUACAAACCCUGGACUUGAGCUUCAACAAAUUAACAGGCGCCAUACCGAACUCUUUCCAAGACUCCCAAUCGUUGCAUUUCUUGUAUCUCGGAAGCAAUAGAUUAAAUGGGGAGAUCCCAUCAAAUAUCAUAACUCCACAGCUCCGGGCAUUAGAUGUCUCCUUCAAUUCCAUCUCCGGUAAUUUACCUGCUAAUUUCGUGAAAAUUAGACGAUCAAUGAAUGUUGUGGGAACUUUGGUGAAUGGAGACGGCUUACUAGACGGGAAGGCGUCCGAAAUCUCAGAUUGCCUGCUAAGCGGUAACAAGUGCACAGAGAAGGUUCCAGUCGAUUCUUUUGCUGUCAAAUGUGGUGGCUCUCAACAAUCAUCUUCAUACGGUGUUAGAUUCGAUGAUGAUUCAGAAACCCUCGGAGCUUCAUCAGUCUACACGGCUUCAAAUAAUAAAUGGGCAGUAAGCAACACCGGCAGUUUUAUAUCAAACCCAAAUGGGCCUCAAUACACGGCACAGACCGCCUCUCAGAUCACAGGUACUUUAGAAUCUGAAUUGUAUAAAACAGCAAGAAUCUCGCCAAACUCAUUAAGGUAUUACGGCCUGGGCUUGAGAAAUGCGAGGUACAACGUUGAACUUCAUUUUUCUGAAAUACAAAUGGAUGAUUCUGAGUCAUGGAAAGGCCUCGGAAGACGCUUAUUUGAUGUUUAUAUCCAGGGUGAAAGAGUUCUUCAAGAUUUCAACGUGAAGGAGGAAGCACGUGGAUCAAAAAGAGCGUUGGUGAGAUCAUUUGAGACCAACGUAACAAACACGAUCAUCGACGUUCAUUUGGUGUGGGCGGGCAAAGGAACUUGCUGCAUUCCGGUUCAGAGCACGUUUGGUCCGUUAAUCUCGGCUAUUCAUGUUUCACGAGCAUCCAUCGGCACCGGUUCUUCCAACGACAACAAGAAGCAAGUAGGAAUGAUCGUUGGGAUAACGCUUGGAGGUGUAGCCGCGAUUUUCAUAAUAGCCUCCGUUUUUUACUUAUGGCGGGUAAAGAAGACACCGGAACAUGUACCUAUUCAUAUAGACUCGCCCAAGAAAAGCCGAACUUCUAUCUAGGCUUAGGCUUUUGGGGAUCCUCCCCAUAAGUCACAAGCUCUAGUCCUGUCAAGACCAGUAGGGACUUUCCGGAAUGUUCUCCAGGGCACUAUUGAAUUAGUUGAGGUGCAUACAAGCUGACCUGAACACCCACAAUUUACAAAAAUAUAAAUAAAAACCUGUGGCUAGGCUAUUGUUCAUAGUUGUUUGUAAACUUAUGCUACCAAUAAAAACAGGUUUCUUUCUUGUA